AUGGUUGGAUAUCUAAGAAGGCGCAACGACUUCUUCUUGAUAGGUUUUUUAACUACAAUGUUCUCUUUCCUAGUUUCUUCAGCUUUCUCUAGGUCAGAACUUAUUGAGUUCGAAGUAACUAGUACUGUCAGUAAAUUUGGGAGGAGAAUAAUCUCCAUUAAUGACCAUUUAGAAAUGUAUGGACCUACAAUCACCGUUUCCUCAGGCGACACAAUCAAUUUAUCAGUUCAUAAUUUCAUCUGUUCUGCCGAUGAAGUAGCUGAAAUGGAAAAUGAUAUAUUUUUAAAGGAAUACUGCGUUACAGGGUUACACUUUCACGGGCUAGUUCCAAUAGAAAACAAGAAUGAUGGAAUUCCUUUCGUCACUCAACCGCCAAUAGGACCCGACGAAACAUUCUGGUAUAAUUUCACUAUUCCUCUAGGUGUGUGUGGAACAUUUUGGUACCAUUCACAUAGUACUAUACAAUAUGGUGACGGAUUUAGAGGCGCUUUUAUUGUGAAAUGCAAAUUGUUUGAAGAUGUGUCACACCAAACAAUGCUUUCUUUGGAAAGUAAAAAUAAUAUUUCUUCUGGAACCCUCUUAGAACUACAUCCUCUCUAUAGAAAACUAUCAAAUUCUGAAAUAUUGGAACAUAUUAUUACAUUGAGUGAUUAUUAUAACGAUUGGAAUUUGCAAAUAAUGCGCACCAAAAUUAUGGCAAAAGGGAGAGGCACUACUGAUCCCAGCAUUGAUGACUCACUGAUAAAUGGUAGCCAAGAAGAAAAUAUAAUGACGAAAAUUGAUAAAAAAGUAAAAUUUCUAAUAUUAAGAGUAAUUAAUACUGGAAUGUCUGGCACACAAGUCUUGCAUAUGGAAAAUCAUACUAUGACCGUCAUAGAAACAGACGGUGUUAUCAUCAAACCUUAUAUACUGGAUACUUUAACAAUAGCAGUGGGACAGAGGUAUACUAUAAUAAUUCGGCUGAAUGAGCGCCAAGAACAGUACAGAUUGAUAAGUGGAUGCAAUAAAAUGAUGGGAUAUAUAACCAAGAACUAUUACUUUACACGAAAAUAUCAUAGAGGUAAAUCGUCAAAUGUGGGUGAUAAAGAUAUUAUAAAUAUUAAAGAACUACCAAACUUUAGUAGAAACGAAUUGUUGCAUGAAUUUAUACCUCUGCAUAAUGAAAUGUUCAAACUGGAUGAAAAAACAAUAAAAUCCUCCCUACUGAAGGAACCCUCAAAGACUACCUACCUUGCUUAUAAAUAUCGUCUUGAUCCGAUAAUAUUAAAAAAGUAUGGGACUGGCAUGUAUAUGGUAAAUGAUAAAACGUUCGACGAAUACCUUAAUGAUCCUAUAAAGCUUGCUAUUGAUCCAGAAACAAGCCAUGAUAUUGUUAUAAACUCAAUUGAUCACAUGCGUCAUCCUUGGCACUUACACGGACAUCACUUUCAACUUGUUUCCAUAGGAGCUGGUGGUGAAGGUUCAUUAAACAAAGACCAAAAAAAUAGUGCAGCUUGGGAAAAAUAUGAUAGCGACAUAAAUUUCUGGAAUGAUACUAAGCAAACACCGACAAUAAGAGACAGUAUCAACAUUCCUGGGAAUUCAUUUGCUGUACUUAGGAUACUACCUCAAGUGCAAGGGUGCUGGGUCCUUCAUUGCCACGUCGAAUGGCACAUGAUGAAAGGAUUAGGUGUUAUGUUCAACAUGACUCAGACUAAUACCCUUGAUAAUGCUAACCCCAUGCAGACUACUUCUGCGAUAAACAAGAACACAUUUCUGACGAAACUGGUCGCUAUAACUGUGUAUACUGUAUCAAUAUCUUCCUUCCUGAUAAUGGCAUACUGGCGACUCGUGCAACAAUAA